GUGUGAUGGACAUGUGUUGCGGACUCAUUUUCACAGCAUCUCUAGGUAUACGCAGGGCGUGAAAACAGUAUCGCUGUACGUAGAACCCUUCACUAUCAAAGGCUCGCAGCGCAGGGCAGGUGAGACCAACCAUAGGUAACAGUCGCUGAUAAAUCAUGACAAUGGGAAAGGGAGAAUGAACACUUAGUAACUACAUUAUAUUCCACCAGCCUGUCAACUAAUAGCACCUACACGCUGUUUUUUCUAUGCGCUGAUCCAUCGAUACCCGUACAACAGUGUGUAGUGUCCACGUAUUCACCUAUCGUCCGACACAGUUCCUGUCGGAAUGGCCAGCAUGGAUUCGGAAGCGUCCGAAGUGAACACCACGGAUGUCUAUGACGUUUUGUUUGAUGUCAGCGCGUGCUCCACCAAUGUCACGAGCUACAUCUACGCAUUUAUUGGUCUAGCCUGUCUGGCUUUUAUAAGUGUUGUUGUGCUCGUCAUCUCCAACAUCUUACAGCGGAAAAAGCUCGGCAAGAACUAUGUAGACAUAAUUUCCGGUUUUGCAGUUAUUCAGCUCUGUUACUGCCUAGUGAAUACAGUUGUGAUCUUUCUGCAUCAGCUUGGUCACUGUGGCUGGGUAUACCAAACAGGAGGCAUGUGCAAGUUCAUGUGGUGGUUGAAGCACACGUCGUUCGUAUCGGGGAAUUACAUCCUAGUCUUGAUCUGCACAUGCUCAAAGUUACUGUUUGUGGAGGGGAAGUCUGACACCAGUCGAUCCCUACCUGUAGUGAUAGGGUUCUGGGUAAUCGUUCUCGUGUCGGGACUGUUUGACAUCCCGUAUUUGAUCUUCACGGAGGUGGUGAACGGGAUUGCCCGUCGUGACUCUGAUGUUAUCUCUAUCAGCUACUGUCAUGUCGGCGCUGGACACACCAACCAUCUGGAGAUAAUUGAGUUCUGUUUCGGAACACUCCUCCCAGCGAUAUGUGCUUUCCUUAGCUUGAUUCCACACUUUCUUGGUGCGUGGACAAGGUUCGACAAAGGAAUCAUGUGCUACUUCCGUCGAACAACCGAGGACAAGCAUGAUGGUGACGGAGGAGUUGAUGUAAGGAAACGCCUGGACAGAUACUUCUCCAAAUGUCUUACAGCGGCCGUGUUCAUGCACGUGCUUCUAUUGGUCCCGCAACGUCUAUUUGAGUUUGUCAACCUUCUGAGCACCAGACCGUCUACUCUACCAACGGUCGGGGUUAAGAACGCAUCUGAGAUGAGCCCCGACGCAUGGAACACUUUCAUAGCAAUGUUUACCAUGUUCCCCCUUAUCUACAGCAUCUUCACCUUCCCAAUUUAUCACGCGCUUGCCGGUAAUCCGUUUAAGUGCUUCGCCUGCUUCGGGAUGGAGAAGUCGCCCAGUCGGCAGCUACAGCGUCGUAAGCCGGUACGACAUAUUGCCGCCUCAGAAACCGCUGAUACCUAUUUCCAGAGCGUCACGUCUGAUGAGUUCGCGUCCAACUUUUAGAGGUAGUGAUUGCCACUAUUUUAGUGACGUAAUCGCCAGUGUCAGUGUAACAACCAGUCCGUGUUGGAGUAAGGCGACAUAUAACACUAACCAGCAUCUCGGGCGAGGUACAUUUGUUACGCCACGCGGAAAACUUUAACAAUUUUCAUAUGAUAAAACGUCGCAGUCAGGAAAGCACAGAAACGAUGUCCCCGACUCGGGCCAUGUAAAUUCUCGUUUUUCUAUAUUUCAACAGAAAUAUAUUUUUCAUCCGACGGUUGACGGACUCAGUUUUGCUGGCACCAAAUGUAGGAAGCCCCCUACCUGACAUAUAAUAUGCCAAUUACGUAUUAUCAGAAAUGACAGGUGUUAAGGAUUAUGUAUACUAUAAGAGACAUAAGCCGUUGUGAUAUCAUUUUAUUCCCAUACCUGCUGUGGCUUCAUAUCUGGUCCUUCAUGAACUUCGAUCGUCCAGAUCUACUAACUUAGCUAGCAAGAACACACCUGAUACUGGACAAGGAUGAAAUACGGCGUAUUGACAGUGUGUUCUUGAAUAAAGUGGUAGGACGCUCAUUUUUAUUGAAAAUGAAGGCUGUUGUUACAACUUUGUUUAACAAUUAGUUGAAAUGCUUUGAACGUAUUAGGUGCAGGAACCGUAGCAUUUAGGGCCGAUCGUUGUUAUUAUUAUUUUUUUAUGUUUUUUUGUUAUCGGAUCCCGAUAAUAAAAAGCAAAUAUAAAAAUAAAAACGAUCCCGAUAAUUAAAAAACAAAAACGAUCAGACCUAAAACUACAGUGGUGCAGCUAAAAAUUCGAACCUUUUACCGAUGACUGGAGGUAUUGGUGGCUAUAUAACGACCUUAUAACCGUUCUCCUUUACUAAUAGUUGGAGGUGGCUAGGCCUUACAGCAAUUCUCCUUUACUAACGGCUGGAUGUGGCGAGGCCUUACAGCAAUUCUCCUUUACUAACGGCUGAAUGUGGUGAGGCCUUACAGCAGUUCUCCUUUACUAACGGUUGGAGGUGGUGAGGCCUUAUAACCGUUCUCCUUUACUAAUAAUGAGAGGUGGCGAGGCCUUACAGCAAUUCUCCUUUACUAACGGCUGGAUGUGGCGAGGCCUUACAGCAAUUCUCCUUUACUAACGGCUGAAUGUGGUGAGGCCUUUCAGCAGUUCUCCUUUACUAACGGCUGGAUGUGGCGAGGCUUUACAGCAAUUCUUUUUUACUAAUAGUUGGAGGUGGUGAGGCCUUACAGCGAUUCUCCUUUACUAAUAGUUAGAUGUGUUGAGGCCUUACAGCAAUUCUCCUUUACUAAUAGUUGGAUGUGGUGAGUCCUUACAGCAAUUCUCCUUUACUAAUAGUUGGAGGUGGUG